GCUGUUGUUGCUUUCGUUAUCGAUUCUCGAUCUCGAAAGUGUUUUGGCGCGUCUCUAUCGCGAUCGUAACCCAUUAAAAAACGGCCAAAAACUCAAAUGCGGAAGUCACACUUAAUGUUUAUUCUAAAGCCUCAAAAGUGAAUUAAAACUGAAAUCGAAUCUGAAGGAAAAGGGUUCAUUGAACGGUAGACGUAUAUUUGCAGUAGUUAUUAUGGUGCUGCCAGCCACCUCGACAUUGUGCAAUGUGUUCACAUUUCUGCUGGCCGGUUCGCCCAUUUUCUACAGCGCUGCCCCGCGUGGAUCCUGCGCCAACUGCUGCGGGAUCAGAGAGCGCGAGGACAUCAAGUUUAUGCUGUAUACCAGACGGAAUCGCCACACGGCCCAGCUGCUCCACCUGAACGACGAUGGCCGGCUGGCGCAGAGCAAUUUCAAUUUUAAUUACCCGAUGGCUAUCUACCUGCACGGAUUCUCAGAGUCGGCCACCGGAGAGCGACAGAGCAGCCAGGAGCUGAAGGAUGCCUUCCUGCGGCGGGGCAACCAUAAUGUCAUUCUCAUCGACUGGAGCGCGAUGACAGCGGUGCCGUGGUACUCGAAUUCCGUGGAGAACCUGCCUAUCACGGCUCGCUAUAUUGCGCGAUUCCUGCGUUACCUCGUGGGGCGUGGCUAUUCUGCGAAACACAUCCACCUGAUUGGCUUCAGCCUGGGCGCUGAGGUGGCCGGAUUCGCGGGCAAGCAGCUGCAGGAAUGGGGCAUCAAGCUGCCCAGAAUAACGGCCCUCGAUCCGGCCCUGCCCCUGUUCGAGGGCAACAGCUCCAACCGUCGUCUCAGUCCGAGCGAUGCCAGAUUCGUGGAUGUCAUACACACGGAUGGCGGGAUCCUGGGCAAUCCCACGGCCAUGGGUCAUGCGGACUUCUAUCCAAAUGGAGGAAGGCCACUGCAGCCUGGAUGUGCCCGCCAGGAGAUUGCCAAUAAUCGCUGGCUGGGCAUAUUAAUUGGCUGCAGUCACCAGCGCGCCUGGGAGUACUUUGUGGAGAGCAUAGCCCAGCCGCGGGGCUUUCCGGCCAAGCGAUGCGAGCCCUCGGUGACAUUUGGCGUCUGCCGGGACGGAGGAAACGGCCUGGCCUUCAUGGGCAUGGGCGCAGAUCCCAGGCUGCGGGGGAAAUUCUAUCUGGAAACGAAUGGUGCCAAGCCAUUUGGGAGGAAUAGUCGGAGCCAGGCAAUUGUCUUGCUGGCGCCUCAGCUGCCCAUCGCCUACAAAUUGCCCCCAAUUGCCAGCAGGCCAACAGUCCAGAGCCAGAGCCAGAGCCCAUCCGUCAAUCAGUAUGGACCAGCAGGACAAGACCCAUUGCAGGAGGAGGAUGAGAACAACAGCAUUGACAGCUCCUCUCUGACGUGACGAAAUGUAAAAAGUGCCCGAAGAGACGGCGAGGAUUCGAAGGGACGGACAGCUACCAUUCUCUCGGUAGAGUUUUGUGGGAUGCUGCGUGAUUGUGUUCCAAGUUUUUGCACUUGUACGAGCAUGUACUCGCAUUUGUAGUUGGCCCGGCAGCAGGCAACGUUUUCUUGUGAUCUUUCUCUUAAGUAUUGCUAGCACGUAGUCAGGACAUUUGUUAACAGCUUAAAUAUAUCCUUUAUACAUAAAGAGUUGAAUGGGGAACGCUUUGUGCGAGUGGAAAU